AAGUAGCCCAGCUCAGGCCCGCCAUUUCACCGAAUGCCUUCGGUCCCUCAAACCGGGCAGGGCUGGCCGAAUUAAGAGCCGGCGGGGAUUCGGGGAGAGACGAGCAGACGAGAGAUGAGGCACCUGUGAAUUAUCUUUCGGUGGAUUUCCAACAAUGUAACGGCUAAGUCGUUUAACCGUCUCGGUCUGUGGGUAGUGAACGUUAACCGUUAACGUCUGACUGCCUGGGUUUUACCUCAGCCAGCGUCCUCCUCCUCCAGCUGACAGGCAGACCGCUCACAGUCCGCCUUUCACGCCAAAGAAGUGGGAAACGCGUAGGACGUUAUAUACGCAUUGUCAUUUUUUCCAGAUAAGUUGAACAUUUGACCCUUAACCGCUUCAAAGAUGUCGGGGCAGAGCAUUACUGACAGGAUAACCGCCGCUCAGCACAGCGUUACCGGAUCGGCGGUGUCCAAAACAGUGUGCAAGGCAACGACGCACGAAAUCAUGGGCCCGAAAAAGAAACAUCUGGACUAUCUCAUCCACUGUACCAAUGAAAUGAACGUGAACAUUCCUCAGCUGGCUGACUCGCUUUUUGAGAGAACCACCAACACCAGCUGGGUGGUCGUCUUCAAAUCCCUCAUCACAACACACCACCUCAUGGUCUAUGGCAAUGAGCGUUUUGUUCAGUACUUGGCGUCCAGGAAUACGUUAUUCAACCUCAGCAACUUUUUGGAUAAAAGUGGGUUACAAGGCUACGACAUGUCCACUUUUAUCCGGAGGUACAGCCGGUAUCUGAAUGAAAAAGCAGUGUCAUAUCGGCAGGUUGCUUUUGAUUUUACAAAAGUAAAGCGUGGGGUUGAUGGAGUGAUGAGAACUAUGAACACAGAGAAGCUUCUUAAAACCAUCCCCAUCAUCCAGAACCAGAUGGAUGCCCUUCUAGACUUCAACGUCAAUGCCAACGAGCUCACCAAUGGGGUUAUCAAUGCAGCCUUCAUGCUUCUCUUCAAAGAUUCAAUCAGGCUUUUUGCAGCUUACAACGAGGGGAUAAUCAACCUACUGGAGAAGUAUUUUGACAUGAAGAAGGUUCAGUGCAAAGAAGGCCUGGAUAUUUACAAGAAGUUCCUCACAAGAAUGACCCGCAUCUCAGAGUUCCUCAAAGUUGCAGAGCAGGUGGGGAUAGACAGAGGGGACAUCCCGGACCUUUCCCAGUUUACAGUGUGUGCUCCCAGCAGCCUGCUGGAUGCUUUAGAACAGCACUUGGCCUCUUUAGAAGGCAAGAAGGUGAAAGACUCCACUGCAGCCAGCAGGGCUAGCACGCUAUCCAAUGCUGUGUCGUCCCUGGCCAACACCGGUAUGUCUUUUACCAAAGUGGACGAGAGAGAGAAACAGGCGGCUUUGGAGGAGGAGCAGGCACGACUGAAGGCGCUGAAGGAGCAGAGGCUGAAGGAGCUCUCUAAAAGGCCCUCAUUUGCCACCACAGACACAUCUCCAGUGUCCACCACAGCAGCCAGUAUUAGUACGGCUCCUGCCAUAGACCUGUUCUCUACCCCCAGCUGCUCAAAUGGUGCCCUGAAGAUGGAGAGUGACCUCUUUGACCUGCAAACCACGUUUCAACCCUCCAUGCAACCCGGGCCCUCUGUAGCCACACCGUGGGGAGAUCCUUUCUCUUCUUCUGAAGCUGUCGAUGACUCCAUCCCAAACUUAAACCCUUUCCUAACCAAACUUGUUGUCGAUCCUGCUCAUCUACCUGUUGUGUCGUCCGAUGGUGUUAGUUUUUCCUCUAGGACAUCAGGUCAUGAGAUAUUCGGUGAUCAAUACAAUCCCUUUAUUGAUUCAAGCUCAUCCGUAUCAGCCAAUUACAAACGAACAGUGCGGAUAGAACACUUAAUCUCAGACUCUUUUGGUCAAGCAUCCAUGGUCCAGCAUCUCCCAAACCCCUCUCCCUUCCAGUCUGAGCCCUCCACUGUAGCAGGCCUAUUCCGAGGGUAUGGUGCACAGGUGCCUCCACCACAGAGCACAGGGGAGCUUCAUGUUGACUUUGAGUCUGUUUUCGGAAACAAAGCUGCCUCUUCCAGUAGCCUGGACACAGAUGGUGGGAUUUUGAAGCCCACUUUGGCAGGGUCUAAUCAGCCUUCCACUCAACAUCCGGAAAAACUUGUGUCAGAUGACCUUGACUCCUCCCUAGCAAAUCUGGUUGGAAACUUGGGAAUUGGAAAUGGCACCACCAAAAAUGAUAUCCACUGGAACCAGCCAGGUGAGAAGAAACUGACUGGUGGAAUGAACUGGCAGCCCAAAGCUGCCCCAUCCACUACAUGGAACCCUGUCUCCAUGCCUCCUUCAGUCAUGGCCUUCCCUGCCACAACCCCUACGGGCAUGAUAGGAUAUGGGAUGCCCCCACAGUUGCCCUCGAUGACUAUGAUGACGCAGCCCACAAUGAUGUACACGCAACCUGUGAUGAGGCCAUCCAACCCCUUUGGAUCGGUUCCCAGUGCGCAGCCCUCUGCUGCCUCUAGCCCCUCCAGUCAGAGUCCUCUCAGAGCCCCAGGACAAGAUCCCUUUGCACAGCUCUCUCUCAAGGAUUUCUUGUAGAACCUCGUCUUUCGUCUAGAUGCAGUUUAUGUAACCCAAGAUGAAGUCGCUCCCUGAAGUCAAAGCACCACGCAGCAAAGCCCCGUUUUCUGCGCUGCCAUGCUCUUCAGAGGAACUAACCUUGUCUAAAACGUCAGCGAUGCAGGAACGGAAGGUGUAAUAAGACUGAGAGCUUAUUGCAGUCAUUUUUGUAAUAUGUCUGAGAUAUCAAGUGAUGCUGCUGUUUGACCCUGAUAGGGAUUCCUCAUGCAUUUUAUAAUCUGUAAAGAUACAUAAUGGGGGCUGAGGGACUUGGGACUUUAAUAUUAUGUAUGUGAAGAAGUUAUACUCUAAUGUUCCUUCUGCUGGAUUUCUUUCUUUUUUUUUUUUUUCCUUUUCUUUUUUAAUCAGGGGAACCUUUGAGAACGAGUGAGGCAGGAUUCUCCCUAAUUCCAAUUCAGUCAGCAACUCCUUUAGUAAAUAUUAAGAAGCAGUGAUGAUGUUUUACCUCUCCAUUUAGUUUUGUCUUUUUAAUUGUGUUCACAGGUAGACCUCUCUUGUUGUCGAUUGUAUUUAUUUAUGGUUUUUGACUCCAACACUGAGGAAGUUUAUGAACUACAAUGGAAGAACUUUUAAAAUAAUUCAACAUUACACAUGUGGAUGUUGGAUUGUAUGAGGGGAGUAAUUAGAGUUUUAAAAUAGCUAUGUAAAAAAAAAAAAAACACCUGUAAGCUGAAUGAUAUAGAACACUAAAUAUUCUCUAAGUUUCGUGUCUAGAAAUACUCUUCGUAGAUCAAGCAUUCGCAACCCAACAGUACUGGGCGGUUAAGAUGUAGAACCUGGUUUGUUGAUCUGUAUAGUCGAUAAGUGUGCCUAGGGUUUUUGCAAUGAAAUAUCUGUUUGAACUAGUAAGGCACUUCAGUGGUCGCAAGGUGUUGCACUUGGGAAGGGAAGUGUUUCUGCAUUAUGCAUGGCAUGCCAUUGUUUCACACAGACUGUUUGAAAUGGCUGCCUCUGAGCUGAAUCUGUGAAUGUGAAGAGUUGCCCUCAUGUUUCAGACUUUAAUAAAGCAAGCAGAUCCCCCGCAGCGAGGAGAGCCGCUUGCCUCACUGGAUAUUUGUCAUGAGCAAAGGUCAUAGUUAUCACUGUAUAUUUAUCAUGUAAAAUACAAAAAAGGAAAAAAAAAAAAACAUAAAAAAAAGUCUUGAUCAAGAGAAGUUGAGCACUGUUGACCGGUGCUUUGUGUAUAUACUGAAUAGACUGUUCGUCUGGGUGGAUAAUUAAGAGAUGGUUUGAAAUAUGAAAGCAAUUCAAUCUGACCUGAAUUUACUGACAUUCUACUGAAUAUUUUCUGUGUUGUCCUCACAGAUCAUUUUCUUUUGUUUACGUAUUUAAAAGAUGUAAGAAGAAAAUUGGUGAACGUUUUCUUUUUUCAAAUAAAGUGCAGCUUCCACAAA